CUGGUCGAAUAGUAGGGAGUAACAUCUCUCCUCAUUUUCUAGGAGGAGCACUUGGUGGACUGCUUGGUGCCUGGAUGACCAGUGGACAGUUCAAGCCAGUCCCUCAGAUUUUAAUGGAGUUGCCUCCUGCGGAGCAGCAGAAACUCUUCAAUGAAGCCGUCGCAAUAGUCAGGAACAUAGACUGGAUUGAUGUUUUUCAGCUGACUGUACUUGUAAUGGGAAGUGGUGACCUUAAGUUUCUGCUGGCAAAAGCAGUGGAAAGGUUCUUAGUCAGAGAGCUAAAUGCACAGAUAAAGUAUGAAGAAUAAACCUUUUGGGGCCUGGUUUCUAGAUUUUGUUGAAUUUUACUUUGACAACUGUGAUUCUCUGAUGUAGCAAUUAUUUGGAUUAGGAUUGUCAUUGUAGCUUUCAUUUCUCAGCUGAUUCUGAAUAUUCUGUUUUCAUUUAAAAAAAAAUGCUAAAAAGCA